AUGGCAUUGAAUUACCUUGAAAAUUGUUUCUAUGAAAAACGUAGUAAUACAGCACUACAUGGUUAUAAUGAUCUACAUGAUCUUUGGAUAUCGGACUUCGAAUGUUUCGACCGUUGUCUAAAAACUGAUCCUCAAAAAUGCCGUUCAUUUGAACAUUGGCGUAGAAAUGGAUAUGGUCUAUGUAUACGAGCAAAUAUUUCAUUAAAUGAUCAGCCAUUAGUAAUGAGACAUAAUGUAUUUGUGGAUUAUUAUGAAAUUCUUUGUCGAAAAGAUAAUAAAGUUAUCAAACCAAGUACAAUUCAUUGUCCAAAUGAUCAAUUAUUUGUAACGAUACAAUUAAAUGGUAUUGAUCCAAAUAAUGUUCUACUUGGUGAUCAUAAUUGUAAAACACAUUGGUCAAAUGAAACACAUGCACAAUUUAUUACACAUAUCAAUAAUUGUUCAUUGAUACUAACAAAUGAUUUGAUUGUUGGUAAACUUCGUUGGAAAAGUGUACAUAAAAAUAACAAUUUUACCAAACAAUAUGAGCGUUUUUUUGUUUGUGUACCUGAUAUAAAUCAAAUACGUUUAUUUCAUCGAACAUCAACUAAACCAACAUUUUCAGAUAGUAAAGAUACAUUAUUAACACAUCCUGAUCAUGAUGAAAUUUCUAAUAAUGAACAACAAAUUAUUUCAACUUCUAGAAUUACUUUAACAUGGACAUUACAUAAUCAUUCAUAUUUUUGUCCUGAUUCUUGUUUUAUAUCACUUUAUUCUUUUAUUAAUAUAACACUUGAUGAUUUAUCUUUCAUAUCAUCAAGAUCUUUAAUUGAUUCAUGUGAUCUAAAAGCACUUUAUCCUUAUACAAAUUAUGUACAAUCAAGACGAUUGAUUUAUCAAGGUUGUUCAAUUGAUCCAACUGUGAUUCAUGUUCCAAUAAAUUCUUCCUCAUUAUCAAUAUUUCAUUUUUCAUUUUAUCUUUAUCAUAUACUUAAAGAACCAAUUCCAUUUCAAAUUCAAUGUAAAAUUUUACAUAAUGAUGAUAAAAAUGAAUUUCAACAUGAUGUCGAUUGUUCAUCAUCAUUUAUUAAUAAUAAUCAUAAUGAUCGUUUAUCAAUGAAUAAAAAUGAUAAACGAGAUUAUUCGUAUAAAUCAUUUCGUUCAUCAAAAGUUUAUGUUACCAGACAAUUACCAUCAAUUAUAUUUGAACAUGAGCUAUUUCAUAGUAAACAUUAUAAUUAUAAUCAUUAA